GCAGAAACCUGGACAUAGGCAGUGUGUUGGAAAGGCAAACUGGCUGGACUUACGCAUAGCUGAGGACUUGAUCAAAGAUGUAUGGGCCCUUCAGUGUGCGUCGGGAGCGCGUUCCUGACCUCUCCUGUCUGCAUCAGUACAGUGAGUGGCUGGCCAGCAGGCAUGAAGCCAGCCUACUUCCCAUGAAGGAAGACCUUGCUCUGUGGCUCAACACUAUUCUGGGAAUUAAUAUAACAGCAGAGACCUUCAUGGACAUGUUGGAGAAUGGAGUUGUGCUCUGCCAGCUGGCUGAAGAGUUACAGGAGAGGAUGAUUCUAGCUAGCAAUGACAAGCCCUUUAUCCGGCGUGUUAUUCACUGGAGAGCUGAUGCAGCUCGUGGUUCAUUUUUUGCCCGAGACAACGCAGCCAACUUCCUGUACUGGUGCCGUAAAAUUGGCAUAGGCUCAUCCCAUCUUUUUGAGUCAGAAGAUCUGGUUCUCCGAAGGCAUCCACGUGAUGUGUGUCUGUGCCUCAUGCAGCUUGGGAGAAUUGCCUCAAAAUAUGGUAUCGACCCACCUGGUCUGGUCAAACUGGAGAAAGAGAUUGAGAAAGAAGAAUUUGGUUCCAUGUUCUUUGCUUCACCGUUUCACUCUCCCUCCAGUCCUUUUUUCUUUCACCCUGUUCAAUCACCACCUCCUUCUUCCCCUCCUUGUAUUUUUCCUGCCUCUCUCUCUACAUCCACACCACCUGCCUCUCCACCUCCAUCCCCUCCUCCAGACUUCACCUCUGCCCCAGUCCAGCAACCUGAACCUGAACCAGAACCCGAACCCGAGCCUGAACCUGAACCCGAGCCUGAGCCUGCACCUGAAAUCAAACCCGAACCCGAACCUGAACCUGAACCUGCACUUGAACCUAAGCAUAUUUCACCCAGUCCCCAGUCACCUGUUCAAACACCCACAUCCACCCCCACCUCACGCCGCCUGAACAAAUCCAAUGGAAAAAAGAGCAAAGACAAUCUACUGGAUGAUAUAGUUCAGCAAAUCUCAGAAGAUCCACCAUGCAGAUGUGAGGUCAGGUUCUGCAUUGAGAAACAGCCCAAAGGCCGUUACCGAAUGGGUGAUAAAGUGCUGUAUGUGAGAAUGCUGAAUGAUAAGCAUGUUAUGGUGCGUGUUGGUGGAGGCUGGGAAACUCUCGGGACGUACCUGCUGAAGCAUGAUCCAUGCAGGACAGCUUUGCUGAAAUCCUGCAAACCUAAUAGCAAGUCACACAGCACCAGGGAGUCACGGGACAGUUACCUGGAUGUAGGCACCUCCUCACGCCUCAAAAAACAAAUGUCACAGCCUUGAUUUAUGCAGAAGGUAACAGACAAUCAAUCAACAGUCAUGUCUUGUACUGCUGCCUCUGCUUUGUUUCUGUACUGUUGGAUUCUGGGUGGAGAAAUCAACAGGUCAGGCUGAGAUGUUGAUCUGGAUGGGAAACUGAUAGUCCAGGUGGCUUGAACAUGGAUUUGGCUUUAAUACAAUGGGAAAAUAUUUGUAUAAGAUAUAAGUAAGGGUGUUUUCACACCUAGUUUGUUUGAGCCCUCCAAACGCUUUCGGAGCGGUUCAGUGUGUAUAUGUGAACAAACCAUGUGAUCUGAGACCCCUUAAAAGGACCCCAGAAGCGAACCGUACUCAGACCACCUCCGGAGGUGGUCUGAGUACGGUUCGUUUGUGGGUUCUUUUGUGGUUCGAUUUGUGUGUGACAUGUGAAAGCAAUGAGGUCCCGGUCCGCUUUGCGUUUCGUUUCGCCAAAUGUCCCUGUAGGCUUGCCAUACCUGCAGCCGUGUUCCGUCACUGUGACUGCUGAAAACACAAAACUUUUCGCCAUGGCAGAUCGCGGAGUCAUGUGGUCUUAUGAAGAAAGCUGUGCACUUAUUGAUAUUUGGAAAGAGGAUGAAACAUAAAAGUAUGUUAUGCCAUGUGAUGACAACUUGUAAAGAGGCCAUUUUGAAUACCCAAAAUCCAUUGCUGCACAGAAUUCUGGGUUCUGAGAUCAGGGUCUGAGAUUCAGGGUCUGAGAUCACUUCAAUACUAAAGAGGACCAAAAAGAGAACUGGGUUCUCUUUUGAGUCCACUAUAUUGUGAACACCAAACGGACUGAGGUCACAUUCGGCUAGUUCCUUUUCUGGUUCACUUUAAGUGAACUGGGUUUGGUUCUUUUAAAACGAACUAUAUGUGAAAACACCCUUAGUGCCUUGUUAAAAUAACAUAUAUUUGCUUUUGACCUAAAAAGCACAAGGGCAGAAAUCAGUUUCUCUCUCUCUCUCUCUCUCUCUCUCUCUCUCUCUCUCUCUCUCACUCUCUCUCUCAUAUGAUUUUACUCGAGAUUGUUUGAACAAAAGCAUACUUUAAACUCGUGUUUAUCGAGUGUUUGAUUUGUGGUUCAAAAAUUUAUCAUCUACAAUGAAUUGAGUUCACAAUAAAAAAAACUUCAUUCUUUUGUUUCUUAUGUCUAGCAUCUGGAUGAAUAUAUAAAACUAUGCAGUUGAGUGGCCAAUUACCUAUUUUUGUUUAAGAAUAUAA